AUGGACGGCGGAGGAGGUGACGGGUAUCGGCUGAUGAACUUCGCUUCGGGGCGCGUGCAAGAGGAGGAGCCGACGAUAAUCAACCGGAUGAUGCUCAGAUUCCGCCCGAUCGCUCCCAAGCCGGCCGCCGGCGCAGGCUCCGGAUCCUCCGCGGCCAGGCUAGUCCCCAAGGUAAGGACGAAGCGUAAGUACGUUAGGGUUAGAGCAGCUGCGCCGCGGAAGAAGAAUAACAAUAAUAAUGAUAAAAAUAGUAACAGUAGGGUAGGUGAAGAUAAUAGUAACAGUGCAAAGAAUAACCGCGGAAGCAGCGAAGACAGUUACGGCGCCGCCGUGCUGGAUCCGGAGACGGCGGAGGUGGAGACGUGGGUGACGGCGGAAGGGGUGACAGGCGGGUGCAUGGACGUGGCUGAGGGACAGGGUCUGUUAGGGAUCCGGAUGAUGGAUCUGCAGGAUGACACGUGUCCCGCUUUCGUAUCGGACGGCAAGGAUAAGGUUCGGUGGGUGAACCAGGCGUAUAGAGAGAUGGUGGGGGCGGCGGCGGCAGGCGAGAAGGGAGGCCAUGGUAAUAAGGUGGUAGUGCGGCUAGUGGUUGCGGAGAAGUUGCGACCUUACUUCCAGGGGUGCCCAGCUUUUAGCUGCUGGGUUGGGGUCAGGUUUACGGAUAACAGUAACCGUAACGGUAAGUGGUCUAAUGUGAGGUUUCCAUGUGAUGUGUGGAAGAUGGAGGAGGAAGGGUGGUAUGGUUGGAGGUUGGACACUAAGGUUGCUCUCAAAUUGGGUCUCUAG